AUGGUUUUCGAGGAGGAAUCGUCAAAAGCGUUGCUGGUAAACUCCGGUGACCUGAUAUCUCCGGUAAGCACCCAUCUCGACUCAAAUAACAUCAAACAUAUACAUGGCUCCAAACAGCCAGAGAUAAUCACCUUCCAGGAAUUGGAAGGGUCUGUGGACGAAAACUCACUCCGCAAAGUUCCUGGAUCGAUUCCACCGACCGCAUACCUUAUAUGUCUUGUCGAGCUCGCAGAAAGAGCAUCCUACUAUGGACUGUCCGGAUGUAUCGCCAAUUUCAUUCAACGGCCACUACCGGCAGGAUCCACCACUGGAGCGGUGCCGAAUCCUAACUCGGACGAGAGCGCGGGCGCUCUUGGUCUUGGACUCGGGAUGGCAACGUUUCUGACUCAAAUGCUGAGUUUUUCCGCAUUCCUUACACCGCUAUAUGGAGGCUACGUUGCAGACACCAAGUACGGGAAGUUUAAAAGUGUUUGGAUAGGAGUGGUGAUUGGGUUUUUCGCCCAUAUGCUUCUUGUCGUUGCAGCAUUACCAUUUGUGAUUCAGACUGUCUGGCUAUCGCUUUUGAUCACAGCGGUCAGUCUCAUUGGAAUCGGUUUCAGCUCCGGUUUCAUCAAGCCCAAUUUGUUCCCGUUACUUGUUGACCAGUACACUGUUGAAGGGAACUACAUCAGAGAAUUGCCAUCUGGUGAGUCUGUUCUUGUUGACAGAGAUGCCACCUUGGAAAGAAUGAGCUUGAUUUACUACUUUUUCAUCAACUUUGGGUGUUUCGUUGCAAUUUCGUCGUCUCUAAUUGAACGGGCCUUUGGAUUCUGGCUCACUUAUGCCUCCACUGCGCUGGUUUAUUGCAUGCUAUUUCCAAUGUUGAUCUACCUGCGUCCACGUUUGCAACUAGGCGAGCCAACAGGAUCAUCGAUCUUUGAUGAGAUCUUUGUUCUGGUGAAAGCAUUGUUCCAGGCCGGGUGGAUCUCCAGAAUUAAAGGAGGCAGAUUCUGGGACAUUGAUCUCUCACCCUCCGCAAAAAACCUUACUCCUUCCAUUUCAAUGGAAGAUUUCAGGUCCACCAUGAAAUCCUGUGUGAUCUUCCUCUACUUCAUCGUCUUCAACCUCAACGACGGAUCUAUCGCGUCAAUUCAAAUUAAUCAAGCAGGUUCGAUGCAAACUAGUGGUAUUCCUAACGAUCUAUUCCAGUCUUUUAACCCGCUCGCUAUCCUGAUAGUCAUUCCUUUCCAGGACUACCUGAUAUAUCCACUGCUUAGAAAGCAUCGCAUAGUGUUCCAACCAGUUCAUCGCAUAACACUCGGGUUUUGCAUAUCUGCAACCGGAACACUGAUCGGAACAUAUUUGCAGUACCGCAUCUAUACCAUAAGCAAGUGUGGCUGGGAAGGGGCUUCAAACUGUGACGAGGUGGCCCCAAUCUCCGCCUGGUGGUGUGCAUGCAUGUUUGGAUUACAGGCUGUCGGUGAAUGCUUUGCAACCGUCACGGCAUACGAACUGGCAUACACAAUGUCUUCGCCAGCUAUGAAAAGUUUCGUGGUUGCAUUGUUCUUGUGCUCCAACGCCAUUUCGAGUGUCUUGGGAGAAAUCAUCAGCUUCUGGGCACACGAUCCAAAUCUGUUUGCCAUUUUCUUGUGGUGUGCGCUGUUGGGAUUUGGAUUCGCAGCACUCUUCUUGCUACAGUUCAGAAAUUUGCAUAAGCAAAUAAAUUGA